CGGCAGCCAUGUACUCCAUCUCCUAUAUAAAUCUCCACCUCCCCGACCUCUAAACCCAUCCAAAUCGAUCUCACCUUCAUUUCUCGAUCUACCCAUAUCGAUCACUCCAUCGUCAUCUCUGUGCUGCUGCAUCAUCAACAACAACAACACCAACAACAAUGGCUGCCGGUGCAGCGGCGAUCAGCUCGGAGCAGAUGAGCGAGUUCCGGGAGGCCUUCUCCUUCUUUGAUAAGGACGGCGACGGCUGCAUCACGGCGGAUGAGCUGUCCACGGUCAUCCGCUCCUUGGGCCAGACCCCGACGCCCGAGGAGCUGCGCGACAUGGUGCGCGACGUGGACGCCGACGGCAACGGCACCAUCGAGUUCGCCGAGUUCCUGGCGCUCAUGUCCCGCAAGGCCGACGCGGACGCGGACGCCAGCGACCCCGAGGAGGAGCUCCGGGAGGCCUUCAGGGUGUUCGACAAGGACCACGACGGCCACAUCUCCAAGGCCGAGCUGCGCCACGUCAUGGUCAGCCUCGGCGAGAAGCUCACCGACGUGGAGGUGGAGGAGAUGAUCCAGGAGGCCGACCUCGACGGCGACGGCCUCGUCAACUUCGACGAGUUCGUCAGGAUGAUGAUGCUCUCCGACUCCGACCAGCAGCAGCACUGAGAUACAUAGUUCGUCCAUUUCUCCCAUCCCAUGGACACCUGACGGCCGGCCUGGUCGCCGUGAUUAAUUCAGGUUCAGCAGCGACGAGUCAAUCCAUUUCUUCAGCUGAUGCCGGCCGGAAUUCUGCCGGAGUUUUCAUUUACUCAUCAUCUAUGGAUUGGUUACUGAUAUUCGUGAACUAAAUGAUGUGAUUGAUCAUAAAAGUCUCUUCGGUGGGAUGUAUCCCUGCUUUUUGAUAUAGUAUUGUUCAAACAUACCACUA